AUGAAAGUAAAUAUUAUCAGCUUUAAAUUCACCGAUGUAUUAUCACCCGGACUGUACACUUUAAAAAUGCAAUUCUUCGGUCAUGUUUUAAAAAAAUACGCUCAAAACUUUUUUGAAUUCUCUUACACGAACAAUAAAAAUAGUAUAAUAUGGUUGAUCUCGCCAACUAUCCAAGUGACCGGAAAUGGUCAGUUGUUUCCUUGUUGGAACAAGCCGCAUUUAAAGACCACGUUCAAAGUGUCUAUAAACUGUCAUCGCAAUUAUACAGUUUUAUUCAACAUGCCGAUACAAGACUACAAUAUUAUUGACGAAAAAUCUGUGUGGACACAUUUCCAUGUUACUCCCCUAAUGUCCAUUAUGCAAUUUGCUCUAGUUUUUACCAAUUUUCCUCGCAUUCGUAUUAAUGAAAAUGUUUCUUUGUGGUGCGACAAAUGCUCAAACCAUCAAUCUAUUAACUUUGAGUUUACAAAAAAUCUCAUACGAAAUAUCACGUUGCAUUUGGAAUCUGAAUUUAGUGAAAUAAAUAUUCCAAAAAUGGAUCACAUUGCAAUUCCAAGUUUUCCAUACGAUGGCACAUCAAAAUGGGGAUUAAUCUUUCAUAGGGAAGCAGAUCUUGUCUAUAAUAAACAAGUAGAUCCAGUUAUGCGCAAGAUGGAAAUCGCACGUUUAAUAGCACCAAAAAUAGCAUAUCAAUGGUUUAGUAACGUAUAUCUUGGCAGAAUAUCUUGGCAAUCCAAUUUUUGGUUGCAUGAUGGUCUUGCUGCUUUAUUUGCAGAAGAAGCUAUCGUUAAGACUUUCAAUAAUUACAAAAUAAUGGAUUUCUUCAUAGUACAAAAUCAAUACGAUUCUUUACAUUUAGAUUCUUAUCAUAUUAAUAUGAAUCCUGUUUAUACUAUAUCGAAAAAUGGUUCAAUUUUCGAUUUCCCUCGAAGCAUGAAAGUAUUGGUUGUUUUACGGAUGUACGAAAAUGAAAUAUCGAAAGAAGUUUUUCGGAAAAAUGUCCACACAUAUCUGCAGAAGUACAUGUUUAGCAUGUCGAGAAUAAAAGGUUCGUUCAAAUUUUGGUCGAUACGACAAAUCUUAAAACAAACACCAUACUCAUAUAGUAUUACAAAUGAAUUUAUCACUUGGAUAACUUACAAAUAUUAUCCUACCGUAUUCUGGGAACAAGAAACCUCUUAUGAAGGAAAAUUGUUUCAAGAUAAUAGAAGUUCCCACUAUGGAACAUGGUGGAUACAUGUAGCUGUAGUUCCACAAUCAUUCUAUAAUGUUUUCAUGAUAAAGUGGCUAAAAUUAUAUAACUCGAGUUUAACUGUUAGUGCUCUUAAUAUGGAUUGGUCGAUAAUCAGUUUCGAGCAAGCUGGAUACUAUCGCGCUAAUUAUAAUCAUACAACUGUGUCCAACAUUUCAAAACAACUAAAUACUGAAUUUCAAUCGAUUAUACACAAUAUUUCACGAUUCAAAGUCGAUCACGUUAUCAAUCGUGCUAAGUUCAUUGACGACGCUUUUCAUUUGAUGAUGGAAGGUCAAUACGUCCCACAUAUGUUCUGGAAUCUCACGAGAUAUUUAACACAUGUGACAGAUUAUGUAGCAUGGUAUCCAAUGAUUAAAAUAUUCCAAUAUGUAUCUACACUGAUUCCAUUUUCAGUCGACGAAGUUAAGUAUAUCGAUAUUAAGGAAAAAUGUAAAGAAUUAGUGCAUAUACCGAUGAUAAAAUUAGGAUUUAAUGAACGUCUGAUGGAAGAUGAUUUCUAUAAAAGCUUGAGACAGGAAAUCGUGAAAUGGGCAUGUGUGUUCCAAAACCAUAUUUGUUGGCAAAAGGCCUAUAAUAAAUUGAAAUACCAUAUAUCUGAUCCUAAAAAUCACCAGAAUACUAGAUUUAGGCCAGGCUGGAAGCGUUGGACAUAUUGUUCAGGUUUAUCUAUUGGUCAUAAAUAUCUGUGGUUCGAUUUAAUAAAGAUAUGGUUCGAAAAACCUCAACCAGGAAACAAUGUUUUGUUACCUUACUUAAUUUGUUCUGGCUUAAAUGAAAAUAGUAGUUCUUCAUUUUUGGAACAGUACAGAGAGAAAGGACAUGAAAUUGAGUCUUACAAUAAGACAUAUUUACACAUUUUUCAUUCAAUAAUUAAAAAUAUUCCUGACAAUCAUGACAUGUUUCUACAAAUAUAUGAUCAACUUAAUGAUUUAAGACCUAAGGAAAUGAAUCUAUUAACAGCACUAGGCAAUUUUGUUAAUCAUGUGUAUUCUGAAGUUAGACUUAGAGAAGUAAGCAAAAUGAAUCAAAAUUUUAUACUUACUUAUUGA